CGAGCUGAAACCCUCGCGGGGCCACGGCAACGGCGUUAUUAGCACAUGAUAUCGCAGUUUGUUGUCAGACUUCAGCAGCGUUUCCCCGCCGCGCAUCAAGUGAUCUUUGAGCGAUGACAGUGGCAGGAAACGUAUUAAGUACACCUUCAAAAUAAAAGUACCAAAAAAACCCAACAUAUAGGUUAAUAGUCUAUACGCAGCUUAGAGUGUAGAAAGUAAUCAUCAAUGAACUCACAAAUAUAUUCAUCAAUUUAUUCAAGGCUUUACAAAAUACAAACAGAACACAUAUUAGUCUUAGUUUGCGUUAUAUUGUGAAGGUUCCUUCGGAAAUGCAGUUGACCAAGUUUAUCUAACUUGACCGCUUUUCUUGACCAAUAACAAUCAAAAUGGAAACUAGACAGAAAUGUCGACUUCCGAUUCCUUUAUUUCAUCAACACUUGCAUCCGCCUACUGGAGGGAUGCGGCAUCUGAACUUUGUAUCAAGUAAAAUCUUCUGUGGAACUACACUUCUUCCUCGUUCUGUACUAAUGGGUUUAGGUGCCGGAACAGUAGAGAAAGGCAGCUGCUGACAACACCGCCUGGAGGCGUGCAGGAAUGAAUGUGAGACUAAAUUAUAGAUGGUACGCGUUGCCCAUUAUUGUUUGCAUGUCCAGACACUUUCCCCCAAACAGAGCAUAGCUGUCUGACAACGCUACAUUUCCUGGAUGUUGUUGCGGCACCUGACAGAAGACACACGAGUAUGAAGUCAUGUUGAAUUACUUCCAACGCACAUAGACACCGCGGUGAAGUGAAGCAAACGUGCCGUCAGGUGUCGUGAGGCGCAGCGCUGUUGAGUGACUCCAGCCCCACAUUCAUGCGCGUAUCCGCGCGUGCACGUGCACAUACAUAAAGGCCGAGCAAUCCCACCGAACUCCUCUGAGGUAAACAGCGAACAUGCCAAGGACGCUGGGCGCGGGGCUCCAUGCAUUCAGAGCGUCUGGUGCGCUUUUACGCGCGACAGCCAAGGCAAGCGCACCGACUCUAACUAUCCGUGAGCUGGUCUUGCCAGUGAUGCUGCUGGCUUCCGUUCGUCCGGUGUCUUCUCAUCCUCAAUGUCUUGACUUUGAGCCGCCCUUUAAACCCCCCUGGCACCUGGAAUUCUGCGCGCAAUACGAGGAGUUCGGUUGCUGUGACCAGCAGACGGACAACCAGAUCGCGGAGAGAUAUUGGGACAUUAUUGACCAGCUGGAGGCGGCGGGUCAAGACCUUUGUGAAGACAUGUUGAAGGAAGUCAUGUGCCAGGAGUGCUCCCCAUAUGCUGCCCACCUCUACGAUGCAGAGGACCCCUACACGCCGGUCAGAGAGCUUCCUGGACUCUGCUUCGGCUACUGUAGCAAGUUCCACAGCCGAUGUCGCCAUGUUGUGAAGUAUUUAACAACAAACCAGGUGCUGCUGGACUCAACAGAGCGAGGCAUGCCCACCUUCUGCAGCAUGGUCGACCUGUCAGACCAGGACUACUGCUACCCCAACGUUCUGAAGAGCCCGGGCUUGAACACCAACUUGGGUCGGGUGUCGGAAGACCGCGGAGGGUGUCUACAACUGUGCCUGACCGAGGUGGCCAACAACCUGAGGAACCCUGUCUUGAUGCUGCACAGUAAUGACGACACCCAUCGGAUGUUCAUCGCCGAGCAGGUGGGCUUCGUCUGGGUUUACUUGUCUGACGGCAGCCGACUUGAGAGACCCUUCUUGGACAUGAGUGGGGAGGUCCUGACUACACCCUGGCUUGGAGAUGAGAGGGGCUUCCUGGGGAUGGCCUUCCAUCCCAAAUACAGAGACAACGGACGCUUCUUUAUCUACUACUCCAUCCAAUUCAACAGCGAAGUGGAGAAGGUCCGAGUGAGUGAGAUGCGGGUGUCUUCUGAGGACAUGAACACAGCUGAUCCCUAUUCAGAGAGGGUGGUUUUAGAGAUUGAAGAACCAGCCGCGAACCAUAACGGAGGCCAACUGCUCUUUGGCUUGGAUGGAUAUUUGUAUAUUUUCACUGGGGAUGGAGGGAAAGCUGGGGAUCCGUUCGGGAAGUAUGGGAACGCGCAGAACAAGAGUUCCCUGCUGGGAAAGGUCCUGCGAAUAGAUGUGGAUGGGAGCGGAUACAGCAUCCCACCAGAUAAUCCGUUUAUCGGUGACAAAGAGUCGCGUCCAGAGGUGUUUGCUUAUGGAGUGAGGAACAUGUGGAGGUGCUCUGUGGAUCGGGGGGACCCGGCGAGCGGCUACGGGAGAGGACGCAUAUUCUGUGGAGAUGUGGGUCAAAACCGCUACGAGGAGAUAGACAUCAUCGUGAAAGGAGGGAACUACGGCUGGCGAGCCAAGGAAGGCUUCGAGUGUUACGACGUCAAACUGUGCCACAACUCAUCCUUAAAUGACGUCCUGCCGAUUCACGCCUAUAGCCACCAUGUUGGCAAGUCAGUGACCGGAGGAUACGUGUACCGAGGAUGCGAGUCGCCUAACCUCAAUGGCCUGUACAUUUUUGGAGACUUCAUGAGCGGGCGAAUCAUGGCGCUGGAGGAGGAUAAAGCCUCGGGAAGUUGGACGGAGAGGAGCGUCUGUAUGGGAGACACCAAGACCUGCUCCUUCCCUGGACUCAUCAAUCAUCACCACAAGUUCAUCAUCUCAUUCGCUGAAGAUGAAUCAGGGGAACUGUAUUUCCUGGCCACGUCGUACCCCAGCUCUUUGUCACCCUUUGGCACGGUUUUCAAAUUCAUGGAUCCAUCAAGGAGAGCGCCGCCUGGAAAAUGCAAACAAAAGCACCUGCCAGUCAAAGUGAAGGGCAAAACGGUCCCAUUUGUUCCUAGAGAAUGUAAGUCACUUACGAUUAUCGUCCCAGAAAUUGACAUAAAGUCGAAGUGCGCUCUCAGCGUGGGUCACCGAAAUAAACAUGGUGUAUUAUUAAGUCAAUUAAAGCAUUGUGAGAGGUUAGAAAAUAGAGACAUGGAAACAUUCCUGGGAAACCAAGCGCUUUCAUUUCACAGUUUUACUCCAUAUGGAGCCAUAUUCCAGAGGUCGAAGGUAAUUAAAGAAAAUCUCUCCUUGGAAUGGAUGAGUAAAAAUAGAUGGGGAAAGAAUUCUAGCUGAGCUGAAGCUGCUAACUUGGUGUUUCAGUGACUGUGUUGGACACAAAGGAGAAGCCCACAAGACCUCCACCAAGGAAAUUCAGACUGACCACGCGACCUCCGACGACCAGCAGCAAGGUCCAAACCACAACACAGAGCAGC